AUGACAUGUUUGACAUGGGACGUCAAUGCUUAUUUACUGGUAGUACACAGAGCGGUGAUUCAAACAACACCCGAUGAGGCACCAUGGUAUAAACAAGUUGACCCGACAAUGACGCUUGACAAAUUACUGAAAUUAACUGAAGAAUUCUCCCGUAUUUACAAGACGCACGGUGAGUCAUUGAAUAUCAAGAAAUAUGCAAUGCGUAGUUCACUAAGGGAAACUGCUACACCACAGAAUCCCAACCAGCCGCAGCAACAGUCACCGCAACAGCCUUCGUCGCAGCAGUUACGGCAAGGACAGAAUCAGGUCGCACCAUCAAUCGCAACUCUACCACCGCCACCGGUGGCACCGCAACUUAAUGCAGCUGUGGCUGUAAAAGGUGCUGAGCCAGCUCGGCGGAUCGAUCUCAGUGAUUACAAAUUACGGAAUAAUGCAGCGCAGCAGCAGCAGCAGCCGAGCAGUUCACAAAACUUUGUAGCGCAAGCUCAACGUAGAAAUUUUAUGCGACCUGAUGUAUUACCACAAACAACUAAAAAGCAACUAAAUCAGAAUAAGCCGGAUCAAGUUACUGUCAAGCCAAAUGAAGCUAAAGUCCAGAUGUCAAAAUCUGGAAUUCCGAAAUCGACAACCUUGCAAAAACCAGCCAUUACGAAUGCUGCAAAACCGUUGCAACCUAUCAGACAGCCACCGGGAACCAAUGAACAAGAACGACAUAAGAAGCCCAAAACAGAUGAUUAUGAUAAAGAUUUGAAGCACAGAAGGAUUGAGAAAGCGAGUAUGGAAGGAUCACAUCACCGUAAGAGGCUCUAUGAAAAUAGUGCAGCUGCUAGUCAAUCGGAUAGCAGUUCCGCUAUACCACCAACGAAUGUGGCAUUGACCCCGAAAUCUGGAACUCCUAAACCAGCAGAACGUCACAAUCCAGUAACCCUUUUAAAUCACAUGGCUUCCGGUGGUUACAGCACCACUCCGAGAUCACGCGAGGAAGCGGCUUCGCAAUCACUUAAACGUGACAAUAAUGGUAGCAACAACAAUAGAAGCCGUUAUGAAAGUAUGUCUUCGCGACAGCGUGACGAUGUGGCAUCAUUAAAAAGGGCACGACAGACGGCACCUUUGAUUGCGCUUUUACCAACACCACCGGCAUCAAAUACCGUUUUCGCAAUGAACGCAAAUUCACAAAAUUCGAAAUAUAGCUUAUCGACAACACAGCCGAAUCGUUCAAAUUAUACUGGUGAAAGAACUAACGCUACCACGAAUUGGUCAGUGACAAAUGAUUAUUAUUUAGGCUCAUCUUGCAAUGAUGCCUCACGUUUUUCACAGUCAUCUGGAUCGUCUAAUCAUAGACAUUAUUCAUCGUCAAGUGUUGGACGCACAAAGUCACGUGAACCCUUAUUAAGUACGCCUGAUACAGGAAACUCAUAUUAUAAACGUUCCCGUCCGCGACCAUGUUCACCUACUACAUCAGCUGCAUCGAAUACUUAUCGACAGUCACAGCGUCAGCCGAGUCCUGGAAGUCGUACAGGAUCCAGUUAUUCAAGUUUCACAAGGCGCUAUUAUCGUCGACGGUAUGUCUAUAAAGUAACACCGCGUCAGUCGUCACCAAGAUAUAGGCGUGGAGAAUGGAGGAGACGGUGUUCCUGGCGCUCUCGCGUGCUUUUUUCAUCUUACGCCAACACAAGUUUAGCUAAUGCUUCAUCUAUUCCUAGUAGUUCAACACAUAUGCUUUCAGCUCUGCCACCACCACCUUUACCACCACCAAAUGAAGAACUUGAAGAUGGCGAAGUUUUAUAA